UUUGUCAUGUUGUGUACAACGUACUAUUCAUGCUUAAUUUUAACACUUAUUAUAUGCUUCUAUACCAUAUUACAAUUUUCAAAAUACUAAAUAGGCCACGUUUGUCUGAGCUUGUCAAAAGCAGAAUAUAUCAAAUAUAGUCUAAUGCAUGUCUGUUUGGGAUAGGAAAGGUGAAUUGAAUGCAGGGCGUUGCUGGAUAAGACACUUCACACUUCAGUGUUACUUGAGUCAGAAUCACUGGUUGGGGGUGGGGGGGGCUGAGCUCCCUUCACCUUCAAGUUCUUUCCCAUGGGUAGUUCAAAGCAUUUAACCCAUGGGGGGGGGGUCUAUCUUUGAAGUGUAAAUAGUCUGCCUCAACAACCAGAGCUCAUCGUUAAGACAUACACAAAGGCAGGCACUUAAUCAAGGUACUAUACAAAGUAGUAAAGGUAAUAUUAAAGUAAAGGUAUUUGAUAUCAUUUUUUUUUCUUCAAAACCCUGAUAAAUACAGUGAGAAUAUGUAGACAGUAAAGGGGCUAGAGCUGAGAUGUGAACCUCCUAAUUCCUGCUCUCCCUUGAGACCCUCACUAUUAACAUUUGUUAUGAAAACAAUGCCUGUCUAUAACAUAUUAAUAGAUCAAUAUGCUUUUCUUCAUUACAGGUAAAAUGCAGAAAACUGUUUUUUUCCCUGGGAGAAUGAGUGUCACAUUCCGCAAGGGACCACUUGGAUAUCUCCGUCAGGAUCCAACGGAUGCAGCCAAACUCCUUAAAGACAACCCCUCUCUACAGGACAAGUCUGCACCCGUGAAGGAGGAGCUGGUCAGGAAAAAUGCACUGUCUGUGAUCAUUUUAAGAGGAGGGGAUGCUUCAGAUAAAACUGAGGUGGCUGGAGAAUACAUCCUGCAGUUUGGGAAAUAUAAAGGGAAGUCCUUCCGCUGGCUCCUUGAAAAUGACAUUGGGUAUACCAUCUACCUAAUCAAGAACCAGCAAAAGGAGGAGACUGCAGGAGUGUUCAUGGCAGGGGGGCACAGCAAGGACAGCCUGCUGUCAUUUGUGAGCUAUGCCCUCAGCUUUCAAGAAAUCCAGUCUCUUCUCAAUUAUGAGAAACAAAAGCCAGUUGUGACAGCAGCAGCAGCAGCAUCAGCAUCAGAGGAUGACCAGCUGGUUGGUUUUGGCUCUCGUGCCAAAAGCACCUGGAGAGAGAUUUGGGACAGCAGGGAUGAUGGCUAUGCAGCCUUUAUUAUGAGGAAAAGCUGUGCUCCAGGAACAAAGAUGCACAAACUACAAGUGUACCUGCAGAAGAAGCUGCCCUCCCCCUCUGGCUCCUCUCUGGUGACACAUGCCUCACAGGCCCCUGCUGAAGCCAUGGUGAUGGAUGAAGAUGAAGAGCUGGAGAGAGCGAUGCUGGGUAUCUGUCCUUCCAAGCAACAUGUGCAGAGCUGUGACUGUUUCUGCACCAUCAGCAUCAACUGCCAGACGACAGGCUUCGGGAACAGAAAGAGGUUCUUAACCAAACAAAAACGUCCUGUCGUCGACAGAGACUCUGGGACCAUGAAUUCUUAUCCCAAACCGAAGCAUGACAUAAACCGUUCCUUCUCAUGUUGA